AUGCCCCCUACCCGGAGAUUCAUGGAAUCUGUUGGGCAUAGCUCCAGAAGUAUGGCAACACAAUCGACGAAGCGAAGCUGGCGCGCAGGAUUACGAGCAAUGGCGAUCCUCGUGAUUGCCGGCUUGCAGCUGAGAAGUUUUUGCACAGGCCGGUCCAGCAAAGACCCGGCCCCUGCGGUCGGCAUUAGCUAUGCAACUCACCGACUUGGAGCAGUCUGCCACCGUGCAGCAAAUGAACCUCGCGAACUUGUAGAUCUGUACGGAAUGAAGACCCGUGAGCUAAAAGCCUUCUUGAAAAACAAUGGUGUUUUCGUUGAUGACUGCUUUGACAUGGAUUCGCUGAUCCAGCGUGCUUCGGCAACGGAGGAGGACUGGGGACGAAAAGACAAGGAAGAGAGGGUUGCUUCGGCACCAGCCUCCGCCUCCGAAGUCGGCGAUUCCUCCGGUCGUCCGGGAGCCAACGAGGUUGAGAAGGCAUGGAAGCGGCUUUGCGAGGCCUGGCCGGGGCAAUCACCUCGAGUAUUGGGGCCGACAGAUGCCGACAAAACUGUCAUUCUUCUACACGGCUUCGGUGACCAAAACUCGCAGUUUCUGGCUGACACCUUUCAGCCGCUGCUGAACAUACAAGGUCUUCGCUUGAUUCUGCCGCAGGCCCCUGAGGAAAACCUCCAGGGUCAACAACUCCAGUCGUGGUUUUUGCCUAUCAAUGGGCAGUGGAUCAUUGACGACAAGGUUGUCCAACCAGUGGCUGCCUACUUGCAUGCGAUGGUUCGGAGGGAGAUUGCCCUCGGGGUGCCGGCUCAUCGAAUUCUCAUUGGCGGCUUUGCACAGGGUGCUGGCUGCGCUCUACGCGCAGCCUUGAGCUUCCCAGAUGCAGCCCUCGGCGGUGCCAUCGUUCUGUCUGGCUUCUUUGGUGCACCCGAAGUGAGUCCCUUGGCGGCAGCGGUAUAUGGUCUCUAUAUGGUCAUGACGUUCGGUGAGAUAUCCUGCCUCAUCUUUGAAGAGCACGUUCAAGCUGCGAGUAGGUAUCGCUCCCUCGAAUCAGCGUUUGCCGACGUUGAUCUGCCACGGCAAGAGCGACGAAGUAGUUCCCUCCAGCGAAGGCACCAGGAGUUCGUUCAGGACAAGAUGUCCAAGGUUCCGGCGGACCCUCUGGCCUUUGAUCCAGCAAAUCUGACGCCUGAACCGCCGCCCACGCCAAGCGUCCAAGCGCCGCCACCUCGUGCUGCAGAAGAAACCGGCGGAAUUCCGACCAUGGACCCACAGGUUACACUCCAGUUGCUCAACGAUCAGGAGAUCGCAGAUGCCGCCACAGAUCCGGAGGGCAUGGCCAUCAUUCAAGAUGUCAUAAUGAAUCCUUCCAAUCUGGAGCUGCACAAGCAGAACCCACGGGUUGCAAAACUGGUGGCCAAGUUGGAGUCGUGGCCGCAUGCCGUGACAUACUCUUGCCCAUGCAUGCAGCGCCCGCGGAGCGGGUCCAAAUCAAACAUAACAAAGCUUCCUGACUGGUGA